CUCAGCUCUUUUUCAUUGAUGAGCUAGUAAAGGUUUAAGAAGCGGUUGCAGUUCACCUCUCUACUACUCGGCCUUCUUACUUUUGCCUAUCAGUGUUCCCAGUUCCAGGGCCCGCCCUUUCUCCUCGCACUUGGCUGGGGGGGGGCGCGCAGCCACAGUUGUCAGAAACACUGCCCUCAGUUCCCAGCCUGCCAGCCCCCCUCUCCCAGCCUCAUGCUCCCUCCGCGUUGAGCCUUGGAGGGCUGGUACCCAGGAAGUACUAGUUGUACAAUGGAUGAGUGGCCGGGCUGUGCCCUCUCUACGCCCGGCUGAAACACGGUUCUGAGAAUGGGACGAGGAGAAACAGCCUGCUCGUGGUCUCCGAAGCAACCAUGCCAAGCUGGAGACAUGCGGCCUCGGAGGAGGGAAAAUGCAGGAGGCUAAGAGACAACGAGCUGUCCAAGGAAGACGCCAUUUCUGCCAGAUGGAGCAGCCACGCAAAGUAGGUGGUGGUGGUGCCCUGCCAGACGCUCUAGAAACCAGGAGGACCAGCGUCUCUGUGGUUUUACGGGACUGCUCAGCACGCAGUGACUGGACAUUCACACAGCUGGGCUCCCAGAAUCGAUCGGGAAAGUGCGAGGCAUAGCCCGCGAGGAAGUGGGAGCUGAUAGGACGACAGGAGUCAGAAGGAGGGGAGAUUUGAGAGUCAGCUGCCACCAACAGGCCCAGGUAUCCCAGUUUCUCCCAACUCCCCGGCUUGCAGAAACUCUUCCUCCAGGACGAAGAUGCGCGCGCAACCGUACGUACAGGGGCGUGGCCUCCCAUUCAGGUGGCGCCCAGGCUGCCCGCGCGCAUGCGUCGGAAGACAGCUCUGGGCCGCGGCUCAGCCCUGCAAGGACCCUUUGGGCGGCUCCUGCCGGAGAGCUAGACAGAAGUGCGCGCGGAGGCGUGGCUUCCUCCGUUAGUGGGCUAGGAUUGGGCGCUGAGAGUAGAGGGGGUGGGAACUUUUGAAGAGACAGCUUAACUAUUGGUCAGAGUUUGGAGGGCGUGGUCUUGGGAGGCGGGGCGGGCCCGGAGCGACACUGAAGUGGUGGUGGCGGCCUUGAACCAGAUAGAGAGCGGCCCCAGGUGUCAGCCUCCACAGGGGUUUGUGCCGCGGUGACCAGUGCACUUCCCAAAGCCUUGAGGGGGCGUCGGGGUGCGGCAUCGUUGGUGAGUGAGGACCAAGAGGAACCACGCGCCCCGCCCCUGCCUCUCUUCCUGGACUGCGCCUGGCCGCGCCUCCCCCAGCAGGCCUGUUCUGGGCCCCAAAUCUGAGCGUUGCACGCCGGUGCCCAGGGCUGCGGCGACUAGGGGGCUAGGAGGGACCCAGGUCCUACCCCUUCCGCCCCGAGAGGAGGGGAGGCAAGGCCCGGGCCGGUGCCCUCCGCCUCGCCAUGGCUGAGCUCCUGAAGGAGGAGGACGGGGAUGACGGUUCCGGGGAACCCCCCAGCCCAGCCAAAGCUGAACCUGCCAGUACCGCCGCCUCGGUGGCGGCGAAGAACCUGGCCCUGCUCAAAGCCCGCUCCUUCGAUGUGACCUUCGAUGUGGGCGACGAGUACGAGAUCAUCGAGACCAUCGGCAAUGGGGCCUACGGGGUGGUGUCCUCUGCGCGCCGCCGCCUCACGGGCCAACAGGUGGCCAUUAAGAAGAUCCCCAAUGCUUUUGAUGUGGUGACCAACGCCAAGAGGACUCUCAGGGAGCUGAAGAUCCUCAAACACUUCAAGCACGACAACAUCAUUGCCAUCAAGGACAUCUUGAGGCCUACAGUGCCCUAUGGCGAAUUUAAGUCUGUUUAUGUGGUCCUGGACCUUAUGGAAAGUGACCUGCACCAGAUCAUCCACUCAUCACAGCCUCUCACAUUGGAGCAUGUGCGCUACUUCCUCUAUCAGCUGCUCCGGGGCCUCAAGUACAUGCACUCAGCCCAGGUCAUCCACCGUGACCUCAAGCCCUCCAAUCUGUUGGUGAAUGAGAACUGUGAGCUCAAGAUUGGCGACUUUGGCAUGGCCCGUGGCCUGUGUACCUCACCUGCUGAGCACCAGUACUUCAUGACCGAGUACGUGGCUACACGCUGGUACCGUGCCCCUGAGCUCAUGCUCUCACUGCAUGAGUACACGCAGGCCAUCGACUUGUGGUCUGUGGGCUGCAUCUUUGGUGAGAUGCUGGCCCGGCGCCAGCUCUUCCCGGGCAAAAACUACGUGCAUCAGCUCCAGCUAAUCAUGAUGGUGCUUGGCACCCCGUCACCGGCUGUGAUCCAGGCUGUGGGGGCCGAGAGGGUGCGGGCCUACAUCCAGAGCCUGCCACCUCGCCAGCCUGUGCCAUGGGAGACCAUGUACCCUGGUGUGGACCGCCAGGCCCUGUCGCUGCUGGGGCGCAUGCUGCGCUUUGAGCCUAGUGCCCGCAUCUCAGCCGCUGCUGCUCUCCGCCACCCAUUCCUGGCCAAGUACCACGACCCUGAUGAUGAGCCUGACUGUGCCCCACCCUUUGACUUUGCCUUUGAUCGUGAAGCCCUCACCCGUGAGCGCAUCAAGGAGGCCAUUGUGGCUGAGAUCGAGGACUUCCAUGCACGCCGAGAGGGCAUCCGUCAGCAGAUCCGCUUCCAGCCCUCCUUGCAGCCUGUGGCCAGCAAGUCUGGCUGUCCUGAUGUGGAGAUGCCCAGCCCCUGGGCACCCAGUGGAGACUGUGCCAUGGAGUCUCCCCCGCCUUGCCCUGGCCCUGCACCCAACACCAUUGACCUGACGCUGCAGCCACUCCCACUGGCCAGUGAGCCUGUGCCUCCCAAGAGGGAGGGUGCCAUCUCAGACAACACCAAGGCUGCCCUCAAGGCUGCCCUGCUCAAGUCCCUGCGGAGCCGCCUCAAAGAUGGUCCCAGUGCCCCUCUCGAGGCUCCUGAACCCCGGAAGCCAGUGACAGCCCAGGAGCGCCAAAGGGAGCGUGAGGAGAAGAGGCGUAGGAGGCAGGAGCGGGCCAAGGAGCGGGAAAAGCGCCGGCAGGAGCGGGAGCGCAAGGAGCGUGGGGCAGGGGCUCCUGGAGGCCCCUCCACAGACCCCCUGGCUGGGUUGGUGCUCAGCGACAAUGACCGUAGCCUACUAGAGCGCUGGACUCGCAUGGCUCGGCCCCCUGCCCCUUCACCAGCCCCUACCCUGGCGCAGCCGCUCCCUGCAGCUCAACCCACCAGUCCUCCUAACGGCCCUGCAGCCCAAUCCAAAGGCCCUCCACUACCAUCCACGUGCCCACCCCCAGGCCUUGCUGCCCCUCCUACAGGCCCCCCUGGGCCUGGGCCCCUUCCAACUGCCCCCUCCAGCCUCCUAGCCCCUCCAUCACUGGUGCCACCCCCAGGGAUACCUGGCCCCAGUGCCCCAGCUAUUUUGCCUUACUUCCCAUCUGGCCCACCUCCCUUGGACCCAGGGGGCGCCCCUCAGCCCUCCACCUCAGAGUCACCCGAUGUCAGCCUGGUGACCCAGCAGCUGUCCAAGUCACAGGUGGAGGACCCCUUGCCCCCUGUGUUCUCGGGCACCCCAAAAGGCAGUGGGGCUGGCUAUGGCGUUGGCUUCGACCUGGAGGAGUUCUUGAACCAAUCCUUUGAUAUGGGUGUGGCUGAUGGGCCACAGGAUGGUCAGGCAGACUCUGCCUCACUCUCAGCCUCGCUGCUCGCUGACUGGCUUGAGGGUCAUGGCAUGAAUCCCUCAGACAUCGAGUCCCUGCAGCGUGAGAUCCAGAUGGACUCGCCGAUGCUACUGGCAGACCUGCCUGACCUCCAGGAGCCCUGAGCCACCACCAAGCCUGUGCCUUGUCCCCAGGUGUGGCCCCAGCUCCCAGAGUCCCCCUGAGUCUGGGGCUGGUGGGGACGCCAGGCUUGGGUUACUCUGCAAGUUCAUCUCAAACCCACCCUGCAGCCUUAACAGCCACCUGAGCCACCGACGAGCCAUGACAGGAUGGGGAGCUCUUGCACCCUGAGCAGUCCUUUUCAGUAUUGUCUUUCUACUGUUAUUAUUAUUGCUAUUAUUUUAUUAUUACACAACCUUUUCAUUGUCAAA